AUGAUCCGGAGUCUGCGACUGCGUACGGAUCGGGAAACCGCGAGUGCGCGCCACGAAAGGCCCUGUUGCUCCAGGUAUAUCCAACACGAGGGAGCGGGAAGGGUGGACUGCGCGAGCGAGACUUCCGAUCACACGAAAUCCGCUCCGUUAAGACGUAGACCGAGAAGCGAUACGGGUGAAAGGACUGUCGGCUGUUCCAAGUGCAUGCAGUUAGCGGAAGGGAGAGAAAGAGAUGAGGAGCGCACGAGUGGAAGCGAGAUAACCAGCCGUUCCUCGCCACCGAAACCGCCAAGGAGACUCUUCAGGAAAAAGAAACCGCUAUUGGACGAUUCCCGCUGGAGGUGGCGCGACGCGUCCGUGCAGCGGCCCGAGCGCUGCGACGCGGCCAUGGACGCCGCCAAGAGCUCCUUUUGCAGCCGCUGCGCGCCAGCCGACAGCGCAGUUUGCGUCUGUAGCUCUUUAUUUCACUAUCUUAGCGAGAUCUAUGAAAGAGAGUCCAUUCCCACUUUAACUGGCGACGAACAAACAAGGUGUUGCCAAAUAAAAAGGGCGCAGCGCGAGUUCUGCGACGCGGAACACCUGCUGGAGCGAGUGAGCGGGACGCGCGAUGCGCUGCACUCGUCGCACCGCCGCUGGAGCCACCGCGCGCCCUCUCGCUCGCACACGCACACGCACACGCACGCCACGGACGCGCCUAGUGUGCGUGCAGAUUGGGCAUCUCACGGUGAU